CACGCCCGACCACCUCACGCACGCACACGACACUCCACAAACGAUGGCCCCCACGCACCUUCACGCUCGCCGCCCUUCGUGCAACCCUUACGCGUUCGAUCGCGUCAAGGUGUCGCCGUUCAUAAUGAAGCUUCACACGCUCGUGAGCGACCCGUCCGCGUCCGACGUCGUCUCCUGGAACAAAGACGGCAAAUCCUUCGUCGUCAAGGACGCGAAAGCGUUCGAGAAGAAGCUCGUCGGCGUCCUCCCGGUGUUCCCCGCGCGCGUCAACAUCAACGGAUUCAAGCGUGAGCUGAACAAUUACGGGUUCCACAAGCUCGGCAACGACGACGACGCGCGCCUCGAGUUUUCGCACGACGGGUUCGUUAAAGGCGACCCGGCGGCGCUGAGGCAGGUGACGCAGAAGGCGAACGUCGGGCGGUUCCGCCGCGAGAAGCCGCAAACCGCCGCCAAAGACAUGGCCCCCGUGUCGGGUUUCGUUCUGAAGAACCCGUUCUCGCUCGCGGACAACAACAACUUCGGACGGUUCCGCCGCGACGCGGACUGGGAAGAGAAGGCGUUCAACCCGUUCGACCUCGAGAACAACAACAACUACGGACGGUUCCGCCGCGGCGCGAAAGAGACCGACGUCGCCGCCGCCGAAGACAUGGCCCCCGUGUCGGGUUUCGACUGGAAGAACCCGUUUUCGCUCGCGGACAACAACAACUUCGGUCGAUUCCGCCGCGACGCCAACUGGGAAGAGAAGGCGUUCAACCCGUUCGACCUUGCGGACAACAACAACUACGGGCGGUUCCGCCGCGACGCGAACUGGGAAGAGAACGCGGUUAACCCGUUCGAUCUGACGGAUAACCGCAACUACGGGCGGUUCCGCAGAGCCGUCCAGCCCGCGGCGUGAACGACACCGAGCCGAGACGACCUCCCCGGGCGGGGAGCGCGGAAGCGCACGAACAGCGCGUUCGUCUACAUUUCCGAUACGUUUCAAUUUCUACUGCUGUAAGAUCUAAGUAGUGCUGUAGUGUACAUACGCACAUGCCGUCGUCGUC